AUGCGCAUCGCCAUUGUCCCAGCCCUUAUUCUCGGCUGCACCGCCGCUGCGGCUCCUGGUCUCGUCGGCGGCCUGCUUGGCGGCGUGACUGGCGGCCUUGUCGGCGGUCUGACCGGCCAGCUCAAAAACACCAUUGGCAAAAUAGAGCAGCAGCUCAAUGACGUGGGCGUCACCGGCUCCGCGCUGCUCGCCCAGCUGGGAGACAUUCAGCCCCUUUCGAAGCCCUCGUCCAUUCAAGAUGUCGUUACAAUUCUCACCAAAAUCGGCGGUGUCAAGCCGGCAACUCUGCUGGAGAGCACGGUGCAGCUGGUUCUUAGCGGACUUGGCCCGAGCAACCUUGCCACCGUGAUGAACCAGUAUUCCGCGGGUGUCAACAGCGAAAACAACAUCAACCGGGAGCCCGCUAGCCCGGUCUACCCCGCUGCCGCUGGCGACGUACCCUACUCGAUCACGGAGGAAAAGCUUCGAGGUGCCAUAUAUAUCCCUUCGACCUUUACCUACGGCAAGAAGCCUCCGGUGAUUCUUGUCCCAGCGACCGGCACCAAGGGUGGCUUCACCUACUACAACAACCUCGGCAAGCUGCUGCCACAGCAGGAGUAUGCGGAUCCGGUAUGGCUGAAUGUGCCUGGUUGGCUCUUGGAAGAGGUCCCGUGGAACUCGGAGUUCGUCGCUUACGCUAUCAAUUAUAUCUCGGGUAUCACUUCACGAAAUGUGUCCGUGGUUGCCCUCUCCCAAGGCAACCUCAACACCCAGUGGGCACUGACCUACUGGCCGUCAACCCGGGCCCUUGUUAGCGACUACAUUGCCGUUUCCCCCGACUAUCAUGGGAGUGCCAUCAUCGAGGCGAUGUGCCCGUCGCUCGGCCUACUCUCCUGUACCCCGUCGCUCUCUCAGCAGACGUACACAUCAAACUUUAUCCAGUCCUUCCGCCAGCGCAGCGCCGCCGCCUUCGUCCCGACAACCACGAUCUACACGGCUACCGACGAGAUCGUUCAACCACAACACGGCACCGGCGCCUCCGGUUAUCUCCUCCAGGACAGCAGCCGUCCCGCCGCGGGCGUCGUCAACGUCGAGCUGCAGAAAGUCUGCCCACUGGACAGUCCGGCCUCGCUGCUCAGCGACCACGUCAGCCCGCUGUGGGGUGCGGCUCUGCAGGCCCUCAUCAAGGACGCCCUUACGCAUGACGGACCUGCCGACAUCUCACGCAUCCCAAACUGGACUGGCGAGUGUUCCAAACUUGCUGCUGAUGGUUUGACCCUGGCCGACGUGGUCGGCACUACAUCUAUUGGACCGAUCGCAGUCGCCUCCUGGCUACUAUACCCGAAGCGUGUCACCACCGAGCCUGCGGUGCCCGCUUACGCCCUCUAA